CCUGCAGCUGCGUCUUGCAUUGACGUCACCAGGGAGCAAAGUGGGUAAGAGGGGCUCCACCGUGAAACACCUUGUGCGCGCGUGCCCGCCAAGUACGUGAUUGUUGGUGUGUGAAAAGGUGUGAAAUAAACACAGCUCUAACACAAGUCAGUGAGCUGACAGGUUUUGGACAUUUGGGACACGUAGCGCGCGCGUCAUUAUUGCGACUAAAAGACGCUUCCCGGACUAAAUUGUCAACGAGAGACUUGUCCACUCGCUGCCGCAGACACGGACACCUCACCCAGCCACCGACAACCCGCUGCUCUCGUCUAUACGUGAAAAGAUGGUGCCGUUCUUUCUUCUUUUCUUCUUUGCUGUGUUGCCCUUACUCAGCAUAUCUGCGCACAAUACCUCUGCUGGUUGUGCUAUCAUCCGUCCUCCCAGAGAUGGUGGGAUAAGGUACAGAGGCCUUACCCAGGAGCAGAUCCGUAGUGUGCAGGCUCUCCCGGUUGACUAUGAGAUUGAGUACAUCUGCAGGGGAAACCGUGUGAUUGUGGGACCCAAGGUCAGGAAAUGUUUGCCCAAUAACACUUGGACUGACCUGACCCAACAAAGUAGAUGCUUGUUGUUAUGUCAUCGGAUGUGGACAUCUUUGGAAAAUGGUCAAGUGGCUUCUUGGCCCACGGGGCCCUCAGUGGAGGGGACCGUGCUGCGCUAUAGCUGCCUCCCUGGCUUCGUCUUGAUGGGCCGAAACUCAACACAGUGCAAUAAGUUGGGCAAGUGGGAUACGCCCAAACCAGUGUGCCACUAUGAUCGGAAUUUCAAAGCUCUAGGCAAGAAGAAGCUCUACAUUGGCGCUCUCUUUCCCAUGAGUGGAGGCUGGCCUGGAGGACAAGCCUGCCUCCCUGCCGCUAAGAUGGCCCUGGCUGUGGUGAAUAAAAGGACCGAUAUACUGCCAGACUAUGAACUGGAGCUCAUUCAUUAUGACAGUAUGUGUGAUCCCGGAGAAGCCACCAAGUUGCUUUAUGACCUUCUGUACACCGAACCCAUCAAAAUUGUUCUGAUGCCAGGUUGCAGUUCCGUGUCAACAUUGGUGGCAGAGGCAGCUCGCAUGUGGAACCUCAUAGUGCUGUCCUACGGGUCCAGUUCCCCAGCUCUGUCCAAUCGCCAACGCUUUCCCACUUUCUUUCGCACUCACCCAUCUGCUACGCUGCACAACCCCACUCGAGUGCAACUAUUCCAAAAGUGGAAAUGGACCAAGAUUGCAACCAUUCAGCAGACAACGGAAGUUUUUACAUCGACACUGGAUGAUCUAGAAGAGAGGGUGAAGGAAGCUGGGAUUGAAAUCAGCGUUCGCCAAAGCUUCCUGACUGACCCUGCUGUGGCGGUAAAAAACCUCAAGCGUCAAGAUGCCCGAAUCAUUGUUGGCCUCUUCUAUGAGACUGAAGCCAGGAAGGUCUUUUGUGAGGUCUACAAGGAAAAGCUGUAUGGAAAAAAAUAUGUGUGGUUCCUCAUUGGCUGGUACGCAGACAACUGGUUUAAAAUUCAAGACCCUUCCAUCAACUGUACAGUGGAGCAAAUGACAGAAGCUGUGGAAGGUCAUGUGACCACUGAGAUCGUCAUGCUCAAUCCAGAAACUGUGCGAGGAGCUUCCAACCUGACCUCCCAGGACUUUAUGGACCAGCUGAUGUCAAAACUCGGGGGUAAAAACGCAGAAGACACAGGAGGUUUUCAAGAAGCCCCUCUAGCCUACGACGCUGUGUGGGCUCUCGCUCUCGCUCUCAACAAGACUGUGGGACCUCUGAAGGCCAAAGGUCACCGUCUGGAAGAUUUCAAUUACAACAACAGAGAUAUCACCGCUGAAAUCUACAGAGCCCUCAACACCAGCUCCUUUGAAGGAGUUUCAGGUCAUGUAAUAUUUGAUGCUCAAGGUUCUCGGAUGGCCUGGACUCUAAUUGAACAGCUUCAAGGGGGAAGCUAUAAGAAGAUUGGAUACUACGACAGCAGUAAAGGCAAUCUGUCCUGGUACGAGAAUGACAAAUGGAUUGGCUCUGGACCCCCUGCAGACCAAACAAUGGUCAUCGAGGAGUUCCGCUAUCUGUCACAGAAGCUAUUUGUCUCCAUGUCUGUGUUUGCUGGUUUGGGAAUCUUGCUGGGCGUCAUCUGCCUCACCUUCAACAUCUACAACAGCAGUGUCAGGUAUAUUCAGAACUCCCAGCCCUACCUGAACAACAUGACAGCCGUGGGCUGCAUGAUGUCUCUCGCUGCUGUCUUCCCUCUGGGCAUCGAUGGCCAUCAUGUCCACAGGAAACAUUUCCCUGUCGUCUGCCAGUUCCGCUUGUGGCUGCUGGGUCUGGGUUUCAGCCUUGCGUACGGCAGCAUGUUUACCAAGAUCUGGUGGGUCCAUACCCUCUUCACCAAGAAGGAUGAGAAGAAGGAUAAGAAAAAGCACCUGGCGCCCUGGAAGCUCUGUGCGACUGUUGGCGUCCUGCUUGGCAUCGAUUUCUUGUCUCUCAUCAUCUGGCAGAUUGUGGAUCCUUUGCAUAUCACUGUGGAGAAAUUCACCCGAGAAGCCCCAAAAGGAGACCAGGAUGUUUUGAUCCAACCAUUAUUGGAGCACUGCAGCUCUGAAAAGAUGAACACCUGGCUGGGUGUGGUGUACGGGUAUAAAGGCUUGCUGCUGCUGCUUGGCAUCUUCCUGGCUUACGAGACAAAGUCAAUAUCCACGGAGAAAAUCAAUGACCACCGGGCUGUGGGCAUGGCUAUCUACAACGUUGCUGUGCUAUGUCUGAUCACAGCCCCCGUCACCAUGAUCCUGUCUUCUCAGCAGGAUGCCGCCUUUGCCUUCACCUCCCUGGCCAUUGUCUUCUCAGUCUACAUCACCCUGGUGGUUCUGUUUGUUCCCAAGAUGCGACGUCUGAUCACUCGAGGUGAGUGGCAGUCAGACGCCCAAGAGACCAUGAAGACUGGCUCGUCAAUGAACAACAACGAUGAAGAGAAAUCCCGACAGUUGGAGAGAGAGAACCAGGAGCUCCAGAAGAUCAUUCAAGAAAAAGAAGAACGUGUAUCCGAGCUGAGGAACCAGCUCUCUGAGCGACAAGCCCUACGGUCAAGAAGAAGACCAUCCACUGUCACCAAUCAAAACCACAGCACCCCUGCACUCACCAUCCCCCAGACCAACCCAAGAACUCUGGCUCAUCCGCCAGGUUACCCUGCACCCACUCCUGAUCUGCAUGCGGUUCCUCCGUCUUUUGGCAACUCAUCCAGCCUAUAUCAGCCUGACAACAAAAUUGGCCGCAAUAACUGUCAUACCAGCCGGCUGCAGAUGCUCUACAAGUGAAGUGAACUGAGGGAAUGACUUCAAGCAUGAGCGCUUUUAUGACAUUCAUUCUUGUGGAUGGACAGAAUAAGGUAUGACACUUUUAAAAGAUUAAGUGAAUGAAUUUGGAGGGACAGUAGACAUUAAAAAGAGAUGUACAUGCAUUUGUUACAAUUUUGCAUCCGACAUAUGCUAAUGACGUGGAAAAAAUUACUCAAAUUUGACCGUUUGCUGAGUUUACCUUUCUAAAAGGGCCCCUGUAUAACUGACAACAUUGGCACUUAUAUCAUAAAUCAGUUAGUAUGUCUACAGGUAAAAAUCCCCCCAAAAUGGACGAAGUAGUGUUACAUUAGUGCUCUCGAAGCGGUAUUGAUUUAUAUGAUCAGCAGUUGUAAAUUUAAGUCCAAAUGUUCAAAAACAUGAAUUGAGUGCAGCAAUGGAAUGCACAGAAUAGCACAGGAGAAACUGUGCAUGAAAAAAGGUAAGCUUAACAGAGAGCAUACAACAAAAGAAAAUACCCCCGUGUUAUCAACCGUCCUCCUAGCGGUCCUUUAAUCCACAAACCAAUAUCAAUCCACUCAAAAACUGAAAAAUGUAGGUAAUGUAAUAAUCCAUAAAGUUGCUUUGAAGCAAGGUAGCAUCCGCUGUGACUGACUGGUCUCUGGUUGCUGUCUGACGUCAAUCCAUUGCGCCGCGUUUGCGUGUCUUUAAACACAUUUUACUUAAAUGUGUUUAAGUUUGGUCUGUCUCGUAACUAUAAACUGGACGACCGAGCUUUAUGAUUGCUCGCAGUCUUUUUAUUUUUAUAACACACACAUACAUCGGUACCUGCCAACACUCAGUAUGGCUUCCGGUCCGUCACUCAAAUACGUGCAACAUAAACACAAACAACAAUUCCUAUUGUUAUAAAGUUCACACCCACAUAACAUGAUGUGGAAGAUCUCUUCCCUCCGGGUUCCUUGGACCACCAAUGAGGGCCAUGACUGGAGCAGUUUUGUCACUUUGUUUAUUAUUUCAAUAAACCUCAGAGCAAGUCGCGUCGCUUUUCAGUUCUACCUCUUCCAACUGCUCGCUCUUCCGGCUACCUUUCAGCCGUCCCCGGCGUCGUCUGCGUCUCGCUCUUUGUCGCGUUCGCUCGUCAGGCACCACUGGCUCUCCAACUCCUUCUGCCCCUCCUGCAUUUCCUGCUGCCUCAUCUAUCAAAAUACCGUUAUUGAUGUCACCACAUGACCAUUGCUGGAGAAUUGCUAUCCAGAAACACAUUUACGCACCACUGGCCUUUGAUUCACCUCAACAGUGUAUAAAAUGGGUUAUUUUCUGGGGCAUUUAAAAAUCAAUAAACCCGCAUCAGCGAUUAAAACAUAUCUUAUGUGGUACUGUCCAAAUUGAAAUUACAAAAAACAUAUUAACGAUGAAACAAAUAAAGAAAUAAAAUAUUUGAACUCGCAAUUUUUAGAACCCAUUCGACACUGUAUAAGCCAGUGGUACACCUCGUUGAUCCGGGCAUUUUCCCAUUUCAUCGGCGGGUUAGCUAAGCUAGAUUCCAGGGUUUGCCUACCUUGUCUCACAGGAUAUAGUUUCUCUUUAAAUAUCCUUCUUGAAAUUGGCCUUGCAAAUAUAUAUCUGCCACCUAAUCAAUGUUGUGUUCUCCUUCUUUGUGGGUUAAAAAAGUGAGUCUGUGAAAUUGAUGCUAGCCCGGUAUGGCUCCGACACAACACUUCCUGCUUCCUUCUAAAUUGCAACUUGUCAUUGGAUGCUCACUUUGGAAUGCCAAGGGAGUAUCUAAUCAAAGUCUCUUUAAGAUGAGGCUAGCUAGAAGGCCUUACUCACUACAACUCGUGAUCUGAUUGUCUAUUGCAAUUAUCUAUCAACUGUAUGUGUCCGUUCACUGAUGAGGUGGCAACUUGUCCAGGUGCAUAAUAUGACAUGAAGAGAAUAUGAUCAGGGCUUCACGGUGGUAGAGGGGUUAGUGCGUCUGCUUCACAAUACGAAAGUCCUGGGUAGUCAGGGUUCAAUCCCGGGCUCGAGAUCUUUCUGUGUGGAGUUUGCAUGUCCUCCCCCUGACUGCGUGGGUUCCCUCCGGGUACUCCGGCUUCCUCCCACUUCCAAAUACAUGCACCUGGGGAUAGGUUGAUUGGCAACACUAAAUUGGCCCUAGUGUGUGAAUGUGAGUGUGAAUGUUGUCUGUCUAUCUGUGUUGGCCCUGCGAUGAGGUGGCAACUUGUCCAGGGUGUACACCGCCUUCCGCCCGAUUGUAGCUGAGAUAGGCACUUAUUAAUUAGACACAAAAGCUUUUUGAGGCACCUACCGCUCAGAUGUUUCAUCAUGCUAUUUGUUACUUCAUCAAUUCUCAGGGCAGUUUGUUUUGUCUUGUUCAUUGCAUAUUUCAAUUCCUCUAAUGCAAAAGGAGCAUUAUCGGGUCCAUCAAAAGCCGGCAUUGUUUAUCUUGCUCAUUCAAAUGAUCAGAACUGUGAACCUUGACCUAAAAGUCUCUGUCAACAAUUCUAGCCUUUCAUUUAUCAUUCUCUGCAGUCACUCUUCCGUAACUGAGAAAAGGAAGGACCCAAUUUCUCUUAUCCCUACCCAUCUUUUUUAAUAACACCCCAUACUUGUGUAAUAUUAAUUUUGCUCUCAAUAGAAUCACAAUAUCUUCUCCAAUAUUCCCUUUUACUCGUUUUUCCGUUCGCCUGACCACAGCCUGAGUUGGCUUGUACUGAUUCAGAUGCUAAAAAAUUGUGUCCUUUUAACCAAUUUAAAUGCUUUGUUCCUACUUGUAGAGGAUGUCGUAGUGGUUUGUGUUGUGGUUUGUGCAGACCUUUGAGACACUAGUGAUUUAGGGCUAUAUAAGUAAACAUUGAUUGUUUGAUUGAUGUAGUAGCUACUCUGCCGGCCUCCUUUUUACCACGGUACAUCGUUUUUUUACAAAACCAGUGAAGUUGGCACUUUGUGUAAAUCGUAAAUAAAAAUUUGCAAAUCCUUUUCAACUUAAAUUCAAUUGAAUAUUCUGCACAGACACGAUACUUAACAUUCGAACCCAUGAUUGGGUAUAAAAGCAGCUUCCAUGAAAUGCUCAGUCAUUCACAAGCAAGGAUGGGGCGAGGGUCCCCACUUUGUGAACAAAUGCGUGAGCAAAUUGUCCAACAGUUUAAGAACAACAUUUCUCAACGAGCUAUUGCAAGAAAUUUAGGGAUUUCACCAUCUACGGUCUGUAAUAUCAUCAAAAGGUUCAGAGAAUCUGGAGAAAUCACUGCACGCAAGCGGCAAGGUUGAAAACCAACAUUCGAUUGCUCAGGCGGUACUGCAUCAAAAAGCUACAUCAGUGUGUAAAGGAUACCACCACAUGGUCUCAGGGACACUUCAGAAAACCACUGUCUGUAAUUACAGUUCAUCCCGACAUCUGUAAGUGCAAGUUAAAUCUCUGCCAUGCAAAGCCACACCCAGAAACACCGCUGGCUUUGCUGGGCCUGAGCUCAUUUGAGAUGGACUGAUGCAAAGUGGAAAAGUGUUCUGUGGUCUGACAAGUUCACAUUUAAAUUUUUGGGGGGGUACUGGGCGUUGUGUCUUCCUGACCAAAGAGGAAAAGAACCAUCCGGACUAUUCUAGGCGCAAAGUUCAAAAGCCAACAUCUGUGAUGGUAUGGUGGUGUAUUAGUGCCCAAAGCAUGGGUAACUUAAACAUUUGUGACGACACCAUUAAUGCUGAAAGGUACAUACAGGUUUUGGUGCAACAAAUGUUGCCAUCCAAGCUAUAUCUUUUUCAUGGACGCCUCUGCUUAUUUCAGAAAGACAAUGCCAAGCCAUAUUCUGCAUGUGUCACAACAGCAUGGCUUUGUAGUAAAAGAGUGCGGGUACUAGACUGUCCUGCAUGUAGUCCAGCCCUGUCUCCCAUUGAAAAUGGGUGGUGCAUUGUUAAUACCAGAACGGAGAGCCCGGAUUGUUGAACAACUUAAACUGUACAUCAAGCAAGAAUGAAACUUUUUCCCUUAAAAGCUUAAAAAAAUGGUCUCCUCAGUUCCCAAACGUAAUCUGAGUGUUGUUAAAAUUAAAGGCCAUGUUACACAGUGGUAAAAAUGCUCCUGUUCCAACUUUUUCGCAAAGUGUUGCUGCCCUUAAAUUUAUAGUUAAGGAUUAUUUGCAAAAAAAAAAGUUUGAACAAUAAAUAUAUUGUCUUUGCAGUCUAUUCAAUAGAAUAUAAGGUGAAAAGGAUUUGCAACUCAUUGUAUUCUAUUUGCACAACAUCCCAACUUCACUGGUUUUGGGUUUUGUACUGUACUUGUCUUACUCUUCGGAAUAGCUACUAUAGCGGCUAGCGGAAUACCAUGUUUUAUUUUACAAUCAAUCUCUACUAUUGAAAUGACAUUUCACUAACCUCUACAAACGUUUCCCAGUUUGCUUCUCCAAAUUACUAUCUCCUUCUACCACUUUCACCAAUUUUGGGCAUAGUGAUAUGUAAUUUACACCAAACUGAAUAAUUGUUCAUUUUCAAUGGUCCUUCCUUUUCCCACUGACCAAUCACAGCUUGCUGCGAUACUACUUGACCCCAAAGUAAGAUCAAACACUGGAUAUUAACCUGAAUUAACAUUUAUCCUUGUAGGACUACCAUCAUUCAAACAAACAAGACACUUCUCAUUCAUCAAUUCCUCAAUCGUAAUUCCAGAUUAGUGAUUUAGAAGCGGCCUUGUGGAGGGAUGUUAGCCACAAGCUCGCUGGCGAGGACGGUAAAUCGCAUUGAGGAUGCGUUCGUUCGCUUGUCAAAUUUGCAGGACGCAGCUAGAAUGUGUCAACAACAUGCACUAUGACCAUAGUUUAAAAGCUCUAUGUGGGGCUUGUGUAAAUGACCUAAUUGCGAUUUUCAUUUUUUUCAUUUUUCUUUUUUUUGGGGAAUUUCCUUAAUCACAUCCCUGAGGUCCGUACCGAACCGUGAUUAAAAUGUACAGUUACACUCCAUUAUUGAGUGUUAGAAAACGAUCAAAGGCUUCACAGUACUGCCAGCAGUCAAGACAAUAACAUUAAUAUUAGUUAAGACAAUCGUUUUUUGGGUGACCGAACUUGUCACUUUUAGCUUGAGGCAUGUCAGCUGACAAUACUGUAAAAAGAUGAUUCAAUGUUUUCAGCCCUCAUCAGCUGAUUACUAUGUAAUUCCCAUCCAUGCUUUUGGUUCAUUGGAAUCCUUUGUAGUUAAUCUUUUUCCCGUGUGUCUAGUGACUCCACCUCUUUAACAUCAGGAUAUGAAUUUGGCUUUGUCGUUAUAUAUUUACCACAAUGGUCGAAAAGUAGAUUACAGGAGAACGUGGAGUCAACAACAACAAAUUGUUUAGUAUUACCACUUUAAACAUUUCCCCAUUUUUAUCACUCAUGUAAAAUUUAAAUCCAUUAACUGACUCUGGUUGCAUACACAACCAAGUAAAACCUAUGCAAAGUCCUAUGCAAGAAGAUACAACCAAACAGAACUAUCUAUUUGAUAAAGCAACGCACAAGUGUAGUCUGCCUUAGUACGAUGCAGGCUGAGACUUCAUUAAGCAGAUGGAUCAGUUUCUCCUCGCUCUGCAGCGUAAUUACAUUAAUGCUUUAGUGUUGCAUCCAAAAUUGUCUGCUCUGCCUCGUGCUUUAUUUUUGUGUGUAAAAAAACAGCACAGUGUACUUUUUAAAUGGAUUGCUUAACUGCACAAAAUGAAUGACAAAAAAAAACACUCAAAAUGCACUUUUGACAUCAUACUUGUAUUGGUAUGCAGAGACCAUAAGCACAAUAUUUGCACGGUAAACCGCAUUUGCCAUCCCUCCUGAUUUUUCCGGGAGACUCCCAAAUUUCCGUGCCCCUCCCGAAAAUCUCAAGGGGCAAUAAUUCUCCUGAAUUUCUCCCGAUUUCCACCCGGACAACAAUAUUGGCGGCGUGCCUUAAAGGGACUGCCUUUAGCAUCAUCUACAACCUGUCGUCACGUCCGCUUUUCGUCCAUACAAACAGAGGGUCGGCCCAGUCACAUAAGAGAUGCAGCUUUUACGCACACACAAGCGAAUGCAAAGCAUACUUGAUCAACAGCCAUACAGGUCACACUGAGGGUGGCCGCAUAAACAACUUUAACACUGUUACAAAUAUGCGCCACACUGUGAACCCACCCCAAACAAGAAUGACAAACACAUUUCGGAAGAACAUCCGCACCGUAACACAACAUAAAUACAACAGAACAAAAACCCAGAACCCCUUGCAUCACUAACUCUUCCGGGACGCUACAAUAUAAACCCCCGCUACCACCAAAUCCCACCCACCUCAACCCCCCGACACCCCAACCCCCCAUCUCCUGAAUUCGGAGGUCUCAAGAUUGGCAAGUAUGCGGUAAACAAGGCAUAAAGUGUUUAUAAUUCUAAAAUACAGGGUCUCGAAAAGAAGGAACAAGCACUGUAACGAAAGGAAAAGGUCACUACCAACUCUUAACAAUACUAACUGAAAAACGAAACAACAUGAAACUGAAAAAAUACGAAAAGAUUGCCACUGUAAGUUAAUAAUACUAACACAGACACUUGUAAACGUGUUAGCAUAUUUGCUAAUGCUACAAUGCUAGCUUUGAUACAUUACAGUACUUCGCUCGGGAUGGUCUCCUGCUGGCCCCACUAUGGACUGGACUCUCAAUAUUAUGUUAGAUCCACUACGGGGGGGUUUAGUGGUGGGGGGCGGGGGGGCUUACCCACAUUUGUGGUCAUCUCCAAGGUUUCUCAUAGUCAUUCUCAUCGACGUCCCACUGGGUUGUGAGUUUUUCCUUGCCCUUAUGUGGGUGCUGAUCCACGGAUGUCGUCGUGGCUUGUGCAGCACUUUGAGACACUUGUGAUUUAGGGUUAUAUAAAUAAACAUUGAUUGAUUGAUUGAUACUAAAAAGGGGAUGGCUUGCUUACAAAAAUUGCUAAGCUAUCGUAUUUACUGGGCUAUAAAGCGCACCAGUAUUUAAGCCACAUCGAUCAAAUUUUAGGAGAAGCAAAUAUAUGUACCGUAUUUUUCGGAGUAUAAGUCGCACCGGAGUAUAAGUCGCACCUGCCGAAAAUGCAUAAAAAAGAAGGAAAAAAACAUAUAUACGUCGCAAUGGAGUAUAAGUCACAUUUCUGUGGGAAAUUUAUUAGUUAAAAUCCAACAAAAACAGACCUUUGAAAAGCAAUUUAAAAUAAAUAAAGAAUAGUGAACAACAGGCUGUUAUAUGACACAUAAAUAACCAACUAGAAGGUGCCUGGUAUGUUAACGUAACAUAUUAUGGUAAGAGUCAUUCAAAUAACUAUAACAUAAAGAACAUGUAUACGUUUACCAAACAAUCUGUCACUCCUGAUCACUAAAUCCCAUGAAAUCUUCUUUUUCGGUGUCGUUUCUAAACAAUUCUGCCAACUCCAAAGGAAGACAAUGCGCCGCUUCCUCUGGUACGUCGCUUACAUCACAGUCACCGUCAGGUGCAGUUCCAAUUAUUACAGCCUUUCUGAAUCCGGACAGGAUGGUUUUGGUUGUCACUGAAGCCCACGCUUUGUCGAUCCAUCCGAUGACAUCCAGAAAAGUUGCAUGCCGCAUUCUCCCGGUUGCCGUGAAGCUGUGCUCUCCUUCCAUCAUCCACUGCUCCCACAGGCUGCGCAGGACUGCCUUAAAGCUCCUAUUCACGGAGAUGUCAAGUGGCUGGAGUAUUUUGGUUAAGCCUCCGGGGAUGAUGGCAGGUAUGGAGUUUACUCCAAACUUUCUUUUUGCUGGUCGAUUGCCGUUUCCUGCUGCGUAUUUCACUACUUCCAGCUUGUAACCUGCAGUAUAUGCUUUCCUUUUCGGUGCCAUUUUUGUUCAGCCCUUUGUUUUUAUAAGUUACCGCCAAUGUACCGUUGCAGGUAGCGUCUUCUUUCCCACAAUGCACUUCUGCCAUGACCCGCCUCCGCCGAAUUUUCAUUGGUUGACGUGUGUGUGUGACGAUUGCUGACAUCCGGCCAGUCUCAUACGUGAAUGAGAUUAUAUUUGAUAUUUUACGGUAAUAUGUUAAUAAUUCACACAUAAGUCGCUCCGGAGUAUAAAUCGCACCCCUGGCCAAACUAUGAAAAAAAAAUGCGACUUAUAUUCCGAAAAAUACGGUACAUAUUUUAGCUGCACCGGACUAUAUGCCGCAGAUUGGUACCUUAAAGGGGAACAUUAUCACAAUUUCAAAAGGGUUAAAAACAAUAAAAAUCAGUUCCCAGUGGCUUGUUGUAUUUUUUGAAGUUUUUUUCAAAAUUUUACCUGUCCCUGAAUAUCCCCAAAAAAAGCUUUAAAGUGCUUGAUUUUCGCUAUUUGCGAUGCGACCAUCCAUUUCCCUGUGACGUCAUACAGUGCUGCCAGUGUAAACAAAUAAUCGCAGAUACCACAGCAAGAUAUAGCGACAUUAGCCCGGAUUAAGACUCGGAUUUCAGUGGUUUAAGCAAUUCAACAGAUUACGCAUGUAUUUACGCAACGUUUUGAAGAAGAAACUGAAGCUAUUGAGCGAAUAGCUAUUGACGCUAUUCAUAGCCAUAGCAUGGCCGAAUAGCUGCGUUAGCAUCGCCGGUAAAAUGUGCGGACCAAAUGAUCAGGACUUUCGCAUCACUUGACCACCGUGGAGCAACUUAUAUCCGUCGAUUGGAAAGUGUUUUUUCGCAUUAAAUGUGGGUGGAAGGAAACGUAAUAUAGUUGCAAAUGCAUCUGCAGGUUAUCCAUACAUUUCUGUGCCAUGUCUGCUUUAGCACCGCCGGUAAAUAGCAUGUUAGCAUCGAUUAGCGUAGCAUGUUAGCAUCGAUUAUCUGGCAGUCAACAUCAACAAAACUCACCUUCGUGAUUUCGUUGACUUUAUCGUUGCAAAUGCAUCUGCAGGUUAUCCAUACAUCUCUGUGCCAUGUCUGCUUUAGCACCGCCGGUAAAUAGCAUGUUAGCGUCGAUUAGCGUAGCAUGUUAGCGUCGAUUAGCGUAGCAUGUUAGCAUCUAUUAGCUGGCAGUCACGCCGCAACCAAAUAUGUCUGAUUAGCACAUAAGUCAACAUCAACAAAAUUCACCUUUGUGAUUUCGUUGACUUUAUCGUUGCAAAUGCAUCUGCAGGUUAUCCAUACAUCUCUGUGCCAUGUUUGUCAUCGCCGGUAAAAUGUGGAGACACUCUGGUACAUUCAAUGGGGGACUGGCGGCAGACACUUUCGAAUCUUCGGGCCAGUGGUGCAACUUGAAUCCCUCCCGGUUAGUGUUGUUACACCCUCCAACAACACACCGACGAGGCAUGAUGUCUCCAAGAUUCCAAAAAAUAGUCGAAAAAACGGAUAAUAACAGAGCUGAGACCUGGUGUUUGUAAUGUGUUGAAAAUGAAAAUGGCGGCUGUAUUACCUCGGAGACGUCCCGUUCUGACGUCAUCACCACAUGAACGAUAAACAGAAAGGUGUUUAAUUCGCCAAAAUUCAGCUAUUUAGAGUUCGGAAAUCGGUUAAAAAUAUAUAUGGUCUUUUUUAUGCACCAUCAAGGUAUAUAUUGACGCUUACAUAAGUCUGGUGAUAAUGUUCCCCUUUAAUUGUUUCCAAACAGUCCUGGUGCCACGGAAGUAAAACGGCCGAUCAAAAAAACCAAAAGUCAUGGUCAUGGAGCCACUAUCUGCGGGAGCUAGCUCCCCAAUCAGCUAAACAGACUCAAAAACUACACAAUGACGUUUUGGUGAACUUUACCAAACUGAAAAAAUACAAAAAGAAUGCCACUGUAAGUUAAUAAUACUAACACAAACACCUGUGAACGUGUUAGUAUAUUCGCUAAUGCUAACGAUGCUAGCUUGAUUACAUUACAAUAGCACUUACAAAAUGUAUGAAAACAUGGGGGUGGUUUAAGUGAGCAUGGACUGUUUUUGUUGUACUGUAAAACUUACAAACGUUGCUUGGAGUGAUGAAUGAAGAAUCAGAUUAGCUAUGAAUGGUUAUACUUCCGGUUCAAGACACGAAACAGGAAGUACAUGUUCAACCUCCGGUGAUCGAACUCGUGCAGAAGAUGGCGCCAUAGCACCAACAAUAACACACUUUUUCAGUGUCUCUAUCAGUGGUAUUUAAAAACAAUUUGUUGAACACAUAACAUUAUGGCCGUUUUCAAAGAAAAAUCCAUAAAUUGGAACACAGAGGAAAAAAUAUUAUGGGAUUGAACAGAUUUGUGUGAACACAGAAAUCUUUGGUUGCUCGUUUCCAUUAAGUUAUUGUUGAUUGACCACUUCCUCUUUGUCCUUUUAACAUUAAAAAAAAAAACUAGAAUAUUUACUACGUACACAAAAACAGCAGAAAUUGGCAGGUUUGUAACUUCAGUCGGGAUGUUGGUAGACAGAAGCCAUAUCCAGGAGGAAGAGUUGGCAAGUCCGAGCAUGCGGCUGAGAAACAGGCGUGUCCCAGCAUGCAUUGUUGUCAUUACAAUUAUCCCUUUUGGCGGUUGGUUGGUGUCAGUUUAUUUCGAACUUGCAUAAAAUUAGAAUGUAUUUCAUCACGUUUCCAGUUAUUUCAUUACAGCACGUCCGAAAAUGAGUAGGCAAGAAGCAAAUCAUGUCAAUACACCAUCGUUAUUGUCUUCUUUUGCACAGGCAAAGUUCAAUAGUUAAAAUGGUGUCGUUUUUAGUUGUGUAUAAUUAAAUGAUUGCUACUUUUGUUGGUAAUCUGACACCCUUUAUGAAAUGGUUAAUGCAGCGCAUCCUUUUGAAACCAUUGUUGGCUCAAUCAUUAUUUGCAUUACCUAAGAUGUAUACGUGUUUGUGAUGCCGCAGUAAGUUUUGUUUUUAGUUUACUGAAGGUAUGUUGAUUUUCACUCAGUCUCGCGGGUCAGAUAAAAUACUUGCGGGCCAGAGGUUUGACACCUGUAAUCUAGAAAAAGUAAAGAUCGUAACAAGUUUUUGUAAGUCUACAUAUUAUUAUUAUUACUGUUACCUGAGUGGAGCAAUGAUGGAGUCGUUCUGUUUGAGCAAACGAGUUGAAGCUUCGAUGGAGACUCUCCAGAAAUUAAACCCAGUGAGCAAUGGGACGGCCUGCUACGAGUCCGACAGGGGGGCUCUGGUCCAGAUGGGUGCCGUAUCCCCCGCAUCCCUGAAUUUACCCCAGUGAUAAAUAAAGUACUUUCUAUUCUAUGCUAUUUCGGAGUAUAUUCUCAACCCACCUGCUGUCCCAACUGCGUGGUUGAAAGUUAAAACACGUUCCUCUGAAUGGACCCAUCGGAUAGUCUAUUCUCAGGCACUCCUGAAGUUAACAUAGACUUGGGACACAAUGGCUAGCUACCUGGCAUCUUUUUGAUCUCAUGGUCAGAUCAGAGAUGUGAGAAGACAUAUUCCGUAGGUAGGCAAUGUGUGAUUUAUGUACUUUGUCACAACAGUAGAGAAUUCAUAAUGCCACUUUCCCUACAUUUUGUACAUUCUACCAGAGACAAUUCUUUCUUGCCAUUUAAUAGAAUUUGCAAAUAGUACCCUGACCACUGCUGAAAAGUGGGAUGAUGCAGGUGGGAUAUUUUGAUACCCUUCAACAAUGUAUCACAGCAUACUGAACCAUACUGGGUGUUGCAAAUGUGUUGGAAUUUGAAAGCAAUUCUUCAGGCUUUCGGGGUGAUUCGACUGUAAAUGGCGCUUCAAGUUUGUUGUGUUUUUCCUAGUAAUCCUCGCGCUGCAUUUCUUACACUGCGUCUUAUCUUUGACGUCAAAUAUAAAAUUUCCCCAUAUGUCCUCUCUCCUCUUCCUCCCCGGCGUUGACAUGUUGUCUUCUGCAGCGCAUUCCCUGGUCAGUCUCAAACGCAAACUACGUUUACGUAACUUCCUUACCACGUCGCUCUGAUUGGUUCUCUUCCCAACUCCUCCCGCCUUUUCCUAACGAAAUGAGUUCCGAAUCGAUCUCGUCUCUGGCAGACAUUUUCGUCUCGUUUUUAUUCGUUGAUGAAUAUGUCAAUACACCUCGUCAUCGUCUUAGUCCACGUAAAUUAUUUUCUAUUUAGUUAUUGUCUCGUUUUAGUCAGAAAAAAAAGGUCGUUGACGAUAACUAUGACGAAAAUUUUUCGUCAACAAAAUUAACACUGCUAAUGUGUAUAUACUGUAUGUGCAUUGCUCAAAGUUUUUUUCCUGGUCUCAGGGACAUGCUUCUCCCCCAUGUUUACCCUUUCUCUCCCUUUUUUUACAAAGGGUGCCCUUAUGUCUACUUCUAACUGUAUAUCUGAUCUUGGAUGGGUUUGUAAUAGGGCUGGGCAAUAUGGCCUUUUUUUAAUAUCUCGAUAUUUUUAGGCCAUAUCGCGAUACACAAUAUAUAUCUCGAUAUUUUGCCUUAGCCGUGAAUGAACACUUGAUGCAUAUAAUCACAGCAGUAUGAUGAUUCAAUGUGUCGACAUUAAAAUAUUCUUGUUCAUACUGCAUUAAUAUAUGCUCAUUUUAAACUUUCAUGCAGAGAGGGAAAUCACAACUAAGUCAAAUUGACCAAAACUGUAUUUAUUAAACAGUUAAUAAGCAGUGGCACAAACAUUCAUGUCAUUUUAAAACAGAAAGUGCAAGAUUGUAAGAGACAUUUUAAAACAAGCAAUUAGUGCACUUUUGUGCAUGAUGUCAUUAAGAUGACAUAUCAAAACAACACUUGAUUAAAGUGCAUUUUUUUGUACAGAACGCCACUAUAAUAGUUUAAAACUAAUAAAGUGCACUUUUGUGCAUGAUGUCACUAAGAUGACAUAUCAAAACAACACUAAAUUAAAGUGUUUUUUGUACAGAACGCCACUAAAAUAGUUAAAAACAAACAAAAUAUACUUUUGUCCAUGAUGUCACACAAGAUAUUUCAAUAAGUGUCACAUAAGAAAGAGCUGCAUAUCAAAUAGUAUAUGUAUAACGGUGUUGAUGUGGAAAUAGUUGCUUCGGCAUUUUGUGGGUGUGGCACCGAACGGAGAUGUUGACGUGCAAAGUUUGAAGCACGUCUUAUUCUCUAGCGGGUGACUUUUCAAAUGAUGCUACAAAUUAGCAGUGCUGCUACUUUUUGUAGCAACACUUCUGCCGUAUAAAUGUUCCUAACAUAUUCCCACUUGAAGCCAAACGACUGCCAGACAAUGGACACUGCUGUUUUUCUUGGAAAUGAAUUAUUCCUCCAUGUUUUACCAGAUUCGCACCUUCUUUCUCUCGUAUUACCACUUGCAACACAUCGUUAGCAUCACAGCUAAUAUUACCCAUGUCGCUACCUCUCAGCUCGUGGAGGGCGUGUGACGUUGCACGCGUGACGUAUGUGAGAAGGUGCGCUUGUUUUAAGUCUCUUUGAGAAGGAGAGACAAGAAAGAGGGAGAAACGCAUGCAGUUUAAUACCCGCAGCUAAAAGCAACUGCGUGAGAACGUAUACUCGAUUAUCACGAUAUAGUCAUUUUCUAUAUCGCACAGAGACGAACCCGCGAUAUAUCGAGUAUAUCGAUAUAUCGCCCAGCCCUAGUUUGUACUCAAAAUGUAAUUUUGUUGUACUUUUAAAGUGCAAUGACAAUGAAUACAGUAAAUAUACUUCAUUCUCUGCCCCCUAUGACAUCCAGUGGUUACUAGGCAGAACAAUUAUUGUCAAAUGUAAAACCUCAGCAAACGGUCAUAUGAAAACCUUCUUGCCAAGCAUUUAUCAUACCCGUACCUUUCCAUAAUGUCAUCAGAUGGUGCUAUGUACUGUCUUAGUCUGUUACACGAUAACUGGGUGACAUUAAAAAUGUUUUGGUUUCCAGGUUUUUUUUUUUUUUUACACCAUUACUGGUCUCUGUUGAAAGAGACUGCAGAGUCAUAGUACAUAGUAUUGUGGAAUGUGUUUGUAUGUGGUCUGAGAGCAACAGUUCUCAUCUCAUCCAUCAGUAUAUCAGGUUAUCUGAACCGAGACCUGAAAGAACCAAAUUCAAGGCAUAAUGAGUGACCUGAGAAUGCAGGCAUGUAUGUGGCGUGAGACAGGGCCAUGUCCGCACACACACAGAUCCUGGGAUUGCAAAAGGGUGUAAAAUGUCCGAUUGAAAAGACUCUCGAAACAUUCAGAUCCGUAGCUAUUCAUGAGAAUUGGCGACUGGUAUUUGGACAAACUCAAUGACCAGCACCGUGUCUCAUAUUUGGAAGUCCUAAAGGCAACUUAAAACAUUGAAAAGUAGGCAAGGCAAGUUUAUUCAUAGAGCAAUUCAAAGUGCUGUACAGAAAAUUACAAAAGGGCAAACUAUUAUAGUAAGCAUACUUGCAAUUACAAACAUUAAAUAAAAUGAUCAUACAACUAUUAUAAUUCAAAUUCAAAUGAAAUAAGUGUAGAUAAAAUACUUUCAGUUGUCUUAUGUACAAUUGAAUGAAAGUACUUUCAGCCUAGAUUUGAACAUUGCUAACGUUGAAGCCUUUCUCACAUCUUUAAGAAGACUAUUUCAGAUUCAAGGAGCAUAAAACCGAAUGCUUGGUCCUAACUCCGGGCACCAGCAGGAGACCACUCGCUGAGGUUCUCGGAGCCCGAGAUGGUUCAUAUAGCUCUAACAUGUCAGAGAUGUACUUUGGCACAAGCUCAUGAAAAGGCUUGUACACAAGAACAGUUCUCCCGUCCAAAGGCAAAACCUAGUAACUCGCUUCUAGCUGAUUGUGAGAAAACAAAGGAAAACCAAUCUAUCUUGAUGCUGUCUUACAAAGAUCUCGAAAGUCAUCAAACGUAUAGAUGUUUUCUUGAGCUUUCAUUUUCUUGCCGAUUGAGCCAUGGAUUGAAUCUGCUCUCAUGAACGUGUGCCCUUUCUCCAAAUAUUUUAUUACAAUCUCGGGUGGGCCCCAUUCUGCGUUUGCACAUUGGGCAAGAGCCAUGUACAGCAUCCAGUUUUUAUUUUGACCUCCACAGUUAUCUGCCCAAAAGAGUAUGCGGGGGGGAAGAAUCAAGAACAAUACAUUUAAUGAAGGUGCUUGCAACGUCCUGGGCCAAUCUUCCAAAUAUCCCCUCGUGCCAUAAUAUCACAUAAUCAGGUUGACCGUCGGCCCCCAUUCGUGCAAAUGUCUCAUUAAAGACAAUAAGGUGACUGACAAAGAAGCUCCGAUUGGUCCCUUGAGAUACUAGGUUUUUCUGUUGUAUCUACGCGGUUAUGUGGUAGUUGCUAGGUCCUGCCAUGCGCGUAACAGCUUACUUACGGAACACCUAGCAUAUCACCUAGGAACUCCAAAAUUAUUAUCAGCUCAGUUUUGACCAAAAAUGAGUUACUGGGUUUUGCCUUUGGACGGGAGAGUUGUUUUACAGUCUAUUCUCUUAGCAACAGGAAGAUGGUGCAGUGACCGAAGCACUGGACUAAUAUGGCUAAAUUUCCUUGUCCUAAUCAGGACUUGAGCAGCAGCAUUUUGCAUGUACUGCAGCUGCUUUACAGUAGUGAGGCAUCAGCUUAAGUAUGCAGGAUUUUAAAAGUGAUCCGUCUACAUGCGUGUGUGAACAGAGCACAGUAUAUGCAGGGGAUGUGGGCUCUGUAAACCAGGUGAUGUGUGUAAGAAACUGGGGAAACACUUUGCCAAGUAAGAAGAGAUUUGGUUUUCCUUGAAAUAAACAAAACUGCACUUUAGUUAAUGUUCCAGUUCAUUCUCGUUAAUUGAUGUCAAGAUAAAUGUUAACAUAAAAAGCUGUAAACUGUUAAAUGUAACUAGGGGUGUUCCGAUACAACUUUUUCACUUUGAUACGUUGCUGAUAUUGAGUAUUACCUGACCUUUUUUUAUUAUUAUUAUUUUGUAGUGUGGAAUGUUAGAAAAGGCUCGACCAAGUGAAAUGACUCAGAACACUGGAAGGUAUGAAAAACAUUAACCUAUUUACAAACCCCGUUUACAUAUGAGUUGGGAAAUUGUGUUAGAUGUAAAUAUAAACUGAAUACAAUGAUUUGCAAAUCCUUUUCAACCCAUAUUCAGUUGAAUGCACUACAAAGACAAGAUAUAUGAUGUUCAAAAUCAUAAACUUUAUUUUUUUUGUUGCAAAUAAUAAUUAACUUAAAAUUUCAUGGCUGCAACAUGUGCCAAAGUAGUUGGGAAAGGGCAUGUUUACAACUGUGUUACAUCACCUUUUCUUUUAACAACACUCAAUAAAUGUUUGGGAAGCUUUAAAAGUGGAAUUCUUUCGCAUUCUUGUUUUAUGUAGCGCUUCAGUCGUUCAACAGUCCGGGGUCUCCGCUGUUGUAUUCUACGCUUCAUAAUGCGCCACACAUUUUCCGUGGGAGACAAGUCUGGACUGCAGGCGGGCCAGGAAAGAGCCCGCACUCUUUUUUUUACGAAGCUUGGAAAAUGUCUUGCUGAAAUAAGCUGAAAUAAGUCCAUGAAAAAGACGGCGCUUAGAGGGUAGCAUAUGUUGUUCCAAAACCUGUAUGUACCUUUCAGCAUUAAUGGUCCCUUUACAGAUAUGUAAGUUACCCAUGCCUUGGGCACUAAUGCACCCCCACACCAUCACAGAUGCUGGCUUUUGAACGUUGCGUCGAUAACAGUCUGGAUGGUUCGCUACCUCUUUGGUCCGGAUGACACGAUGUCGAAUAUUUCCAAAAACAAUUUGAAAUGUGGACUCGUCAGACCACAGAACACUUUUCCACUUAGCGUCAGUCCAUCCUAGAUGACCUCGGGCCCAGAGAAGCCGGCGGCGUUUCUGGAUGUUGUUGAUAAAUGGCUUUUGCUUUGCAUAGUGGAGCUUUAACUUGCAUUUACAGAUGUAGUGAUGAAGUGUAUUUAGUGACAGUGGUUUUCUGAAGUGUUCCUGAGCCCAUGUGGUGAUAUCCUUUAGGGAUUGAUGUCGUUUUUUGAUACAGUGUCUUCUGAGGGAUCAAAGGUCACGGUCAUUCAAUGUUGGUUUCCGGCCAUGCCGCUUGCAUGGAGUGAUUUUUCCAGAUUCACUGAACCUUUUGAUGAUAUUAUGGACCGUAGAUCGCAAUUGCACUUUGAGAAACGUUGUUCUUAAACUGUUUGACUAUUUGCUCAGGCAGUUGUGGACAAAGGGGUGUACUUUGCCCCAUCCUUCCUUGUGAAAGACUGAGCAUUUUUUGGGAGGCUGUUUUUAUACUCAAUCAUGGCACCCACCUGUUCCCAAUUAGCCUGCACACCUGUGGGAUGUUCCAAAUAAGUGUUUGAUGAGCAUUCCUCAACUUUAUCAGUAUUUAUUGCCACCUUUCCCAACUUCUUUGUCACGUGUUGCUGGCAUCAAAUUCUAAAGUUGAUUAUUUGCACACAAAAAGAUGUUUAUCAGUUUGAACAUGAAAUAUGUUGUCUUUGUAACAUAUUCAACUGAAUAUGGGUUAAAAAAAAUGAUUUCCAAGUCAUUGUGUUCUGUUUAUAUUUACAUCUAACACAAUUUCCCAACUCAUAUGGAAACGGGGAUUGUAUAAUUAGCCGACUGGAAUGGACGUAUGCUGUCUUUAACAUUAGGGGAGCGGUAAUGGAUUUUGGCACAGUCAUGACACAGUCAGUUAAAAGAUGCGGACAGGUUGGUUACUGGAUAUUUUCUAAUACGCUUCUGCCUUGGACACUUUGUAACUUAUGUAAGAUACUUGUCCGUCUUGACAAAUGUCCUGUUUCAGACUGCAUUAUUGUUCAAUUACGGACACGUAUUGGAUUGUGUGCUAUUGUGUGCUCAGCUGUUGUGUAACUCCUAGUAGCCUAUAGCCUGCAAUGUUUACAUUUUGUAAAUGACUCCCUGAAAUACAAGAAAAGACCAACCUCUCGUGCUUAUUGGAGAACAUUUUGAUGUUAAUGCACUGCAAGACUACAUGUAUCAGAGCGCCUCUGUCAAAGAGUUUACAUGCAAGUCUAAUUGAUCCCAUACUUCUUCUUUUUUUGCUGAUAUCAGACUGAUAUCGAUAUGAAAUCGGGACACCCCUAAAUGUUAAACCUAAAAAUGAUAUUUUUAACAACAACGUCUGGUGCAGAGGAACAUGACAUGACCCUGCAAAGACCCUGUCAAACACCCCAAGUCACUCGUUUAUCUCUAUCGCCAACUUCCUGUAUGUCAAUGUAAGAAAGAAUGUGUGUCGUCUGUGUGGUCAAAAAGUGUGUUUUUGUACCUGACUAAAGUGCUAUAGUGUGAACUUCUCAUGUGCAACAUCCAACUGUUCCUAUUCAUUCUCUCUGAACAUGCAGUGUGUGGAUAUCUUUAAAUGUUCGUUUGUAACAUGCACUUCAAAUGGUGAUGAUGUGAGUAAUAUCCAUGAGAUGAUGUACUCCGAAUGAUGUAAAUACUUGACUUAUAUCAUCUGUAUUUCAUGUAUUGAAAAUAUAUUUAUAUGCUGUAAAAGCAUAAUAAAAGAAAA